AUUCUGGCUGGCCACAAUGGAACCAACAUGGCAGCACCCACACUCACGCUUGAAAGGGUCGGGAAAACAUCAUGAUUUCACUGUAAGGGCAAAAUAUAGCGAUGCAGAUCACACGGGCUGUACAGAGUUUCAUAAAACCUGUCCAACUUACCAUGGUUCGGUUCUUCAGAGGAGGCACGUCACGAUUAUUUGAUCUAGAUCUCGAAUAUUACUGCAACCCGGACAACCGUCAAGCACUCGAAGCGAAUCUUUCUCGUCGGAACUGCGAAGCCGAUCUGGACCAAAUUUAUAAGUUGUGGCGGGAACUCAAGUCCACAUCAGAUGCUACGGUAGCCGAACCCAUACGACAUCAACUGUUGCGAGCGGUGGGCAGGCUUCCAAACACCACGCAUCCCGAUGUGUUAGCAAAUACCACAAAUGAACCUGUAACAAUCGAACAAGUCAAUGAAAAACCAGCAUUUACUUUCAUUCCACGCCGAUUUGAACCGCUGGCGUCAAAACUAGGAACUCUGCAGUCGGACGCAAACCAUCAUAUUUUGUGUGGCGAGCGCUCUUACUAUCUGAGGGGCGAUCUCGCCAUGAUGGAACAGGCGUUAAUUACCUUCAGCAUGAAAAAACUUUUAGAACGCGGCUUUGUGCCCGUCUCCGUGCCAGACAUACUGCACCCGAGUGAUAUUGAAGCUUGUGGAAUGAACACAACAGGACAAAGGUCACAAGUAUACAAGCUACGAACACAUUGGGAUACAGAGGCUUGUUUGUCUGGAACUGCAGAAAUGGCCUUGGCAAAUAUGUAUCGAGAUGAGUGCCUUGAUAUUGCAGAACUUCCUCAGAAAUUUGCUGCUGUUAGUCGGUGUUAUAGGGCUGAGAUUUCCAACAUUAAGGCGGAAAAAGGCAUGUACCGCGUACACCAGUUUACCAAAGUCGAGAUGUUUGCUAUCUGUCAUCCUAGCCAGAGUGAUGACCUUCUGACCAAAUUUGUCUGUGUUCAGCGAGAACUCUUCGACCUGCUUGGUCUUCAUUUCAUGAUCAUGGACAUGCCUGUCUGCGACCUUGGACGCCCAGCAUACCGGAAAUUUGACAUUGAAGCUUGGAUGCCUGGUCAUAAGUUUUACGGAGAAAUCUCUAGCGCUUCAAACUGCACUGAUUACCAGGGACGUCGGAUUGGCAUAACAUACAAGACCAAGGAAGGCCAACAGCAGCAUGUGCACACUGUCAACGGAACUGCGUGCGCUAUUCCACGGAUGCUGAUAGCACUUUGCGAGUCCCACCAGGAGCAAAAUGGAGCCAUUGGAAUUCCACCAGCAUUGCGGCCCUACAUGAACGGGAAGGCAGCGCUGGAGGCGCCACGUAUGGAAAGAACAUUUCGAUGGUUGCCCUAUUACUAUAUAGAGAAUCGAUAAAUUUGUGUCCGCCACUGAGAGCCGUUUUCUAAAUUUAUUUUGGAGUGACAGUGGUAUGCAGCUGCAUAUCACAAUUAUAUGAAGGUUUCAUAACUUGUUGCCUUAUAAAGCAAUCAUAACAUCAUCAACCUGCAACAAGCAAUCAACAUCAGCAAAUGUCUAUGCAUGGGUUUCAGUUUCGCUUCCAAAGGAUUGCAAAAUACUUUUGUCAGGUCUUUACUGAAGACACCCAGAUCAAGUAUUUUUAGGUAGGGUAGGGCAAUAAAACUUGCAACAUGUG